GCAGCUGAACGCUGUGUCAAAACACAGAAGGGGAAUCAGCAGCAGCAGCCAGUGCUACAUCUCUCACCGAGUCCAGCUCUACCUCUGUUUUUUCAUUUCGGAAAAAAAAGUAUUCGUCGUCAGAAAGUGUUUCUUCAUCUACGUCCGCGUACCAUGACCGAACAAUCAGCACUACUUCUUCGAAAACAACUGGCAGAGCUCAACAAGAAUCCUGUCGAGGGCUUUUCAGCUGGUCUGAUAGAUGAUGAUGACAUAUACAAAUGGGAAGUUGUGAUCAUUGGUCCACAAGAUACUCUUUUCGAAGGAGGGUUUUUCAAAGCAUACCUAACCUUUCCUUAUGAUUAUCCACUACGACCUCCAAAGAUGAAGUUCAUCACUGAAAUCUGGCACCCAAAUGUUGCAAAGAAUGGGGAUGUUUGCAUCUCAAUUCUGCACGAGCCAGGGGAAGACAAGUUUGGUUAUGAAAAGCCUGAGGAGCGCUGGCUUCCGAUCCACACUGUAGAGACAAUCAUGAUUAGUGUUAUAUCCAUGCUGGCAGACCCCAACAGUGAUUCACCGGCUAAUGUGGAUGCUGCGAAAGAAUGGAGGGAGGACCCCAACGGGGAGUUUAAGAGGAAGGUGGCUCGCUGUGUAAGAAAAAGUCAAGAGAUGGCAUUUGAUUAGGAGUAAAUUGUAAAUUCCAGGUUAAAGGAUGCCUUCAGAGGGAAAAUUUCAGCAAAAGGCUUUUGCACCCCUUGUUUUGCCAGUCAAAGGAUUUGGUUGGCUUCAACCACGAUUCUUUGAACGGUUGUCAUAUUCCGCAAGAUGAGCCAAUUUGAGAACCCUACCAGCGAAAUUAACCUGUCUCCUACCUGGAAUUGUAUAUUUAAUUUUAUUUAUUUUGAAAAAUUAAUGAUGUAAGAUAUGUCACUACUGUAAAUUAACUUGCUUUUUUAUCUGCUGCUGAACAGUUUCUACUUUAUACCAGGUUUCUUAUGCAAUUUAGUGGUCAAGAUUGUGUAAAACAAGACAAAAUGAAAGCCCGUUAUCGUUAAGUGUUCACCUGUCCUGCUGCACACUUACCACCAGAUUAAUGUCGGCCCCGCAAAUCUCUGUCAUUGGCUGUCAUUGAAUCACCUUUGCCUUUUGUUGGCUUCACCUCCUCACAGGUUACUUGUUUUGUAGAGGGACAGGUUGGGAACUUUUAGAUGGACUUAUUCUCUGAGAAACAGCCUCCUGUUAGCAUUUCGCUCUUAUGUUCAUGUUUGUCCUGAGAGGUUUGAAACCAUGACUCUCAAACCUGCAUGAUCCACUCAAACAGCUUUGUUAUCUAUAUUCGCUAGCUGUGGAUGUACACAUGGAAUGGCUUACUCAAGUGAUUUGAGAGUUAUCGUUUUCUAACAUAAGGAUGUGCACAAGCAAAGCUGAUGCUAACAGACGGUUCAUGCCAUUUCUUCUCAGGAUCAAACUUUUUCGUAGGGUCUCGAUUAGUGGUCAGUAAAAUGAACCUUGAUUAUUCCCGACGCUAUCCUUUUAUCAUCACUUCAUCAUCAAUGAAGAUGUCUAUUAAUUAUCACUCAGUCUAAUGUCUUUUCACAAUGUUAUGAUAAAGCAUGGGCAACCAAAAACAGUCUGUGAAAACAACCUAAGCUGUGAUUAUUGUUCGUGUCUACUGGUUAACUGGCGUCUGAGCUUACCUCGGUUUCGAAGGAAAACAAAUUUGAGAAGGGUUUUGGUUGUUGUUAUUCAAUUGGGCAAUGUUAGGGGCUCCAUAGCAGAACGAGUCGUUCUUACCUUCUUUGUUGUGGCAUAUUUGGCUAUGAUCAAUGUGUGGGUAAAUGAUGACUUGUAAGUCACAUUCACUCGUGGGUUUAGACUCUUGAAGACUUUGGGUGGAUUGCUGAGUAAUGCUCUUUAAUUCCAUCAACUUUUCGAGUUCUGAUUGGUGCAUGCUUGGAUAAUAUCUGUCACCUUUACUUCACUGAAUUUGGUCUAUAAUUCUUCAUAGAGACGUGAAUAAGAUAACUCACCACUCAGUAAAGUAUAAUACAUGUUGUGAUGGAAAAUGAACACAAUAGGUUUUUUAUUUUUUGAAGAAUAUACACAGUAGUGUUCGGGUGGAGUCUGGAAACCAUUGGCUUUGUUCACUUUCAUUGAUGGUGUUGCUGACCAUUAAGCCAUGAGGGCAUUUAUUUUGAAUUAAGUUAUACUCAUUGGAAUUAUGUGACUUACAUUGAAAAACAGCUAACCAUCUUUUGGCGCAUGCAAUCAGGUUUGAAGGAGUCGGGUAUGUUUAAAUAGUAUACCAUUGUUAGUACAUUCUGAGUGACUGUGAUGUGUACAGUUUAUAGAUUUCUGUAGACUCGAUGAUCACAUAACUGCUGUUGACAUUUAUCUUUUUAAGUCAGAAUUUUCUAACCUACCAUGACCUCCUCUGACCGGUGUUCACUGUAUUUGCACAGAUUCGGUGCGUUUGAAAUGUCAUUAAGCAAUACGCUCUGAAAAUGGUGUGUCCAGGUUAAUCCACCCUAACGCCAUUAUUUGUUUUGGGGUUGUUGUUUUUUCCAUUUUGUGUCAAUGCAAUGUAUAUUGGACAUGAUGCUCAAUAAAGUGUGUAAACAGA